CAAAUUCUAAGACAACUAAUGCAUUCGAGUUCUUGAAACGCGGGCAGUUAUUAACCCGCAUGGGCGUGUUACUUGCUGAGCGCGAUAGAGUUAUGAGAUCUCGAGCAAAUGAUAUUCUGUGUGCUGUUUUCGAAUGGGCAUCAGAUCCUAUUUCUUUGUUAAAAGGUACUAGCUACACGAAUGAUCCAAUCACUGAAACGUUUGAUUUCGUCAUAACCGAUAUCGUUUUUCCCUUAUUGCAUAACGAUACAAACUUUGAUAUGGUCGUUGUUGCUGUUAAUGUUCUUGAAUCUUUGAUUUUAUUGGUUAAGCGCGCAAGCUUUGAUCGAGAAAAACUCGCGUCAAGAAUAAUGGAUAUAUUAGUUUUUUUGCUCAGCUUUGAAAAAGCCGAGAAAUCGAUAAAUAAAUUAUCAGUUUACGAUAAGCCUGAUGUAAAUUUGUUAUAUACCAACGGGACUUAUGAUAAG